GAAGGACGUGGCCCUGGCCUAUCCAAAGCAGAUUAAGACACCAAUAAUUGUGGUUUUUUGUUUUUAACCAAUAAUUAUGUUUUUUAACCAAUAAUUGUGUUUUUGUUUUUAAUCAAUAAUUGUGUUACCAUGUAUACUUUAUAUCUAAGCACGUAGAUUCAGGCGGGGAUCCUCUCCCCCCGGUGAUUGUUUAAAAAAAUAUAAGCACGUAGCUGUUAGUUGGAUGAAAUUGUUCUUGCCUCCUUUUCUUUUAUAAAUAUAAUACAGACCGUCACUACACGAAUGCAAACUCACCCCUUAUGAAUACACGGCAUUCUUCUGACGGAUGCGCAUGUCUCAUCUUCGUUAAAGUUGAACUCAGCAAUACUGUCAUUUUUUCCGUAGUACGAGCAAGUAUGGCCUAGAGUGACCUAUGCCGCACUGCACCAACGGGACGAUCGAGCAUCAUCAGCAAAUACUGGAGACAACUCCAAAUUCCUUCUCCGAGAUGUUGAGAACAUCAACAUCGCAGACACCGAAAACCUGGGGUUGCACUUAUCUCCCAUAUUAUUAUUUUACUCUAAUCAUGCAACCUUAAAAAGGAAGAAAAAAAAGUACUCCAAUCAGGCAGGUUGGUGCUCCAUAUCCUUCGCCAACCACGACCACGACCAAUAAUGAAAGCCACCAUCCCUCGUUUCAGACCCAGCCCGACACGCGACGACACAGAAGACAGAGGUCACAGAGCCCUCGCUCCUUCAAAUACCUGACAUCCCUAUCCUAUCCAACGACCAAGAGCCAGACGAGAGUGACUGACAGUAUCGUUAGUACCUACCCAGCGACCAAGAGCGAGUGACAGUAAGCUCCACUUGCUACCCACCUGGAAAAUGGCCGUCAAGGUCGUCGCCGGGAAGACCACUGCUGCUCAGCCCAAGACCGUGGGGCGGCGGCUGUGGCGCUUGGCGCGCACCGUCGUCUACCUUCUGCGCCGCGGCGUGCUGUCGUCCGGGCGUAAGCUCGCCAUGGACCUCCACCGCAGCAGGGACGCCAGCAAGGCCCUCGGCGGCUUCGUCAACUUCCACCGCCGCGCGGCGGCGCGCUCUCGCUCCUCCUCCGUCGCUGCAAAGUGCCUUGACGACGAAGCCGCCGGCUGUUACAACAGCUACGACGCGGCAGACAUCGCGAGGGUGUUCGAGAUGCUCAACGACAGCGGGCACCUCUUCCACGACGAGGACGGGCUCGCGGCGGCGACACCUUCUUCCGCCGCGUGGGCGUCGCCGGCCUUCGGGCGCAGCGCGGCUACGGGCCAGCUGCGCAUCAUCGACUCACCGUUCACGGCGGGCGAGCACCAGCAAGUGGACAGGAAAGCCGACGAGUUCAUCAGGAGGUUCUACCAGCAACUGCGCGCACAGAAGAGCGUCUCCGCCACGCCGGAAAACUACGGCCACGUCCCAAGGCCGGUCGCCGCUUGAUUUUAGAAUUAGUGCUGAACUGCUCGAGGCGGCCGCCGGUCGCCCGGCAGGGCGAGCACAACGUUGCCAUGUCUUCACCUUCAGAAAACAUAAAUCAUCCACAUGACCACAUCCUCUGUAAACGACUAAACGUGAAACAUUGUGCAAUUUCAAUUGUGAUGGUUACGUGGUUCGCUUGUA